ACAUGUGGCACACAUGAAGAUGAGGCUGAGAACGCGGAAAGCUUCUCAGCAGUCGAAUCAAAUCCACACACAACGUGCUCUGAGGGCGAAGAGGAAACACUCGGAGGUGGAGGAGAGCUUACCUGUGGGUGGGGGAAAACCACAGAAAAAUGAAACAGGCUUGUUGUCUUCAAUCAAAAAGUUCAUUAAAGGAAGCACACCCAAGGAAGAAAGAGAAAAUCCUGCAAAAAGAAGCAGAAUCGAGCGGGAUAUCGAUAACAACUUGAUCACAUCCACACCUCAGGCAGGAGAGAAGCCCAAUAAACAGAUCUCCCGAGUACGACGGAAAAGUCAGAUGAAUGGAGAAGCUGGGAGUUAUGAAAUGACAAACCAACAUGUAAAGCAAAAUGGAAAGUUAGAAGAUAAUCCUACCACUGGCAGUCCCCCACGAACUACGUUACUGGGAACCAUAUUUUCUCCUGUUUUCAAUUUUUUUUCACCAGCAAAUAAAAAUGGAACAUCAGGAUCAGAUUCGCCAGGCCAAGCUGUUGAAGCUGAAGAAAUAGUCAAACAGCUUGAUAUGGAACAGGUAGAUGAGAUUACCACGAGUACUGCAACGUCAACCAAUGGAGCAGCUUACAGCAGCCAGGCAGUGCAGGUCAGGUCUGCUGUCAACAAUGGGCUAGAGGAGGUGGAGGAAACAAGUGACCGUGACCUGCCCCCCCUUACAGCACCAGUAUCUCCAGACAGUGGCUACUCAUCAGCUCAUGCAGAAGCCACCUAUGAAGAAGACUGGGAAGUCUUUGAUCCGUAUUAUUUCAUCAAACAUGUUCCACCACUAACAGAAGAGCAGCUGAACAGGAAACCAGCUCUUCCACUGAAAACAAGAAGCACACCAGAAUUCUCAUUAGUUCUAGACUUGGAUGAAACAUUAGUGCACUGUAGUCUAAAUGAAUUAGAAGAUGCUGCACUGACUUUUCCAGUUCUUUUCCAAGAUGUCAUUUACCAGGUGUACGUGAGGUUACGGCCGUUCUUCCGAGAGUUCCUGGAACGUAUGUCUCAGAUUUAUGAGAUCAUUCUUUUUACUGCUUCUAAGAAGGUGUAUGCAGACAAGUUAUUGAACAUACUAGAUCCUAAAAAGCAACUGGUCAGGCAUCGACUUUUCCGUGAGCAUUGUGUUUGUGUACAAGGAAAUUACAUAAAGGAUUUAAACAUUCUUGGUAGAGAUCUCUCAAAAACGAUCAUCAUUGACAAUUCACCGCAAGCCUUUGCCUAUCAGCUUUCAAAUGGAAUCCCUAUAGAGAGCUGGUUCAUGGAUAAAAAUGACAACGAACUCCUAAAGUUGAUUCCAUUUCUGGAGAAACUUGUAGAGCUGAACGAAGAUGUCCGACCUCACAUCAGAGACAGAUUUCGCUUGCAUGACUUGCUACCCCCCGACUAAAGCCUUUUGUCUCCUUACUGAAGGGGGAGAAAAUGCAGGACCCUUUUGGACUAAAACAAAACAUUGCCAUUACUGUUGAAAUUUUGCAUUUUUGUACCCCGUCUUGCUUUUCUUAUCUUUGGUGCCCAACAGUGAUCAAGGGUUACGGGAAGAGACUUUCUCUCUCGGAGAGCGGCUCCGCUGGGUGCGAUACCGUACGCCACGGUAGGGAGGCUAGAGCAGAAAAGUCUUUAGAACUAGUGCGACUCCAGUGAAAUUUUUUUUAUGUACAGGACAUCUGCAGUUUAUAAAGAAUUCUGUUUCUGCCACCAGCAGUUUGACCUGUAGAAACACAGGAUUUUAUGAUAUAACAGAGAUUGAAAAUGGACUCUUGUUUUCUCUCUGUUCGGUGCUCUAAGUGGGUUUGUAGCCACUUUUCUGUUACUUUUCAGAUUCUCAUUUCAACAGGAAUGGCCAGUAAAAGUUGUUUUUAUUUUUCCUGUUAAGGUUUAUAACCUUUUUACAUUUUUUGACCUGUAUUUAGAUUAGAAUUUCAUUAUGCAUUCCUUUUAGUUGAGGCGCUUCAUAGGCUUUUUUUUUUUUUUCUGGAAAUAGCCAAAUUUUCUUAGUUUUUUUAUUAAACAGUUGGAUGGCCGUUUUCCUGCUUCGUCUGCCUGCAUACUGUAUAUUUGUUUAAAAAUACUCUCUAGUUUUAGCCCACGUAAGUUUCAUUUAGAAAGAACUCCCUCCCCCCCCUGCAUUUAUAUUUUUUUUUUUUUCUGUAAUAUUCUACUGUAGUCGAAACCUUUUCAAAACUCAAGAGACUGGCUAGCUGAGAGGAACGACUGGUACGGAGAGUCUUUAGAGCGGCGCGAGGGCGAGGUCUCUGGACAGACAACAUCUUGCAGUGGCACCAACCACCGAUGGAGGAGGAGUACCUCAGGCCAGGCCGGGCACGCG